AUGUCCGACAACAUCACACCCGUCGCACCCAGCAACAUGACCGAGCAUGUCACGAUUCUCUCGCCCCUGGACGCCGAAGACCUGCGGUCCAAGGGCGCGCUUCACCCUGGCCCCGUCGCCGGGUUCCAAAGGCUGCAUCGGCGCCGGAUCAGCAUGUACACCGAUAAAGAGUACAAGAGGUUCCCCCUGGACUACCCGCCCGACGGCCCGGAGGCCGACGAGGCCUAUUGCACGAUCUCCGAGGUGCUCAUCUCUCGGGAGAGCCUCAUCGCUAUUGGGUUGAGCGACGCCAGGGCCACCGAGCUGUGGGAGCUGUGGUGCAACCGACCCGCGGCCGGGGCGAGCCCAGUUGUUCGCAAGCUGAUCUGCGAGUCCGACCCGGGUGACGAUGUCAUCGCUCUGGGGGACAUCUUCAUCGACUUCGUCCUCGUCCAGAUCGAGCUCCCGGACGAUCACGAAAGCGGCAGGGAUGACGACGCUUCGUGCCGCGCCUACUUCGACGCCUGCGGCAUCUCCCAAAAAACUCAAGAUGCAAUAUUGGACCCGGAGUACGAGCAGAUUCGACAGACCGAAAGCUGCUGGUACUGGGUUAAGGACACGGUGGGGGGUGGUUUCCGCGACCUGCAGUGCAUUCGACUCGAGUCUCUCGACAGAGCAGCACAGCUUCGACAGGCGGCCUCGGGUUCCAAUUCGAGCCCUGGGGCUCGGGAGAGAGCCGCCGGCGUUGGUGCCGGGACCACCCGCAGCGGUCAAGCAACCCCGACCAGCAGCGGCCAGGCAACCUCGACCGGCAGUGGUCAAGGAGCCCCGGCCGACGUGCCGAGCCAGGACGGCCAGAACGCCGACACGGAUGUGUGGAGCUCCGCCAGAGCCAUCGCCGCGCGAAAUGCACCUGGGCAUACUGUUCUGUACAAGGGGUCUUUGAGCGAUGACCGUCUUCGCGGCCUGUUCGACACGAACGGACGGCUUACCGACGCGACGAAGCUUUUGAGCAGCCCUCCCACCGACUUCAGCAGCGGACGCAAGGAUUUCUAUUUCACCCCGAUGUAUGAGGUGGCGGACAAGUAUCGCUGCCAUGCCAAACAUUGUCGCCGGUCGUCGAGCUAUGUCAUGCUUCGUUUUCACAUGCCGAAUGCCGCCAUCGAGAGCCUAGUCAACCCGGCAAUUCAACAAGUUUACUGGGAUAACAAAGGCAAAACUUCCGACUGGCAGCAACUGAUCUGGCAUUGCCGGACGCAAGCACAACUCCCGGCCCACCUCGCCAAGUACAAGAACGCAACCCUCGUGAUCGGCACGACCGCGAAGGCGCGAGCGGAGGUGUACCUCAACCUCGGGUCCUGGCGCGAGGUUGGGGAGUGCCAUGUAAUGAAGGUCCACGAUCAAACCGUCUCCAGGAAACGCCAGGCGAUACAGUUCGUCUUUUCCGGGACCCCCGAAGGGCAGGACUUCCUGCUCCGGAACGGCUUGCGCGACACCCUUGAGGUCCUCACCUCCCCCCCCGCUGGGUACCGGUAACGGGUCUCAUCUCGCCUCCUUGGUGGCCCUGGCAUGCUCGGU